GAGGGCGGAAAGACGAAGAUAGUGAGAGAGCAUAAAGCACAAAGCAGAGACAUAGAGGGCGUCAGUGUCCAGGCCAAAGCGUCAGGGAAACAAGGGAAGAGCGGAAUAGAACGAAGAAGAUGAAGAUAGCGAUGGUUGUGUGUCUCUGUUUCGUCUCUACCGGUGUCUCGGCGACGGAACCGCAAGUCUGCGUGAACGUGAGCGUGACACCUGACGAAGGACCGAGCCCUCAGUACCCGGUGGCGAACGGCAGCCUGACGGAGCUCGUGAUCCACGCGCCCAAGAAGGAUUUCGGGUCCGUGGCCGUGUUCCUGGGGCCCGAGUGCCUCCUGCAGCUUCGUCAGCUCGGCGCUCCAGGCGGGUGGACCUGCCUCUUCGCCCUCCCCCUCACCAAUCGCGCUGGUCUUCGAGCGGAACACCUCGGCCCUGUCCGUGUUCGAGAGGCAGGGCUGCUCCUUAAAACUCGUGGGCGAAGUGCCGCCCCCAGCGCCGAGUCUCGCCCUGAGUGUCGUCCCCCGCGUGCACUCCGUCCUGGUCUCCUACGACUGCUUCUGGGGACGGCGUGACCCUAAUCCGGCGCCCGCACAGACUCCCAGUCGGGCCCACACUGUCUCCUAGACCUGUGGAGAGAAAGAUGUAACUGUGAUUACCAUAGGUCAUCGUUGCCAUAACAAUAAAUAAUAACUGACUAAAC